GACACCGUCGUGUGCCAGUCCUUCAAUCUGGAUGGGCUCUUCAACCUCAUCCAGCAGAAGGUGGAGCUGCCGGUGACCGACAACGUCCAGACCAUCCCCCCGCCCUUCGUGGUCAGAACCAUCCUGGUGUUCGGGCGCCCGCACUGCCAGCCCCACUUCUGCGGGGGCGAGCACGUCAAGAAGCUGCUGCAGUGCCCCUAUUUCUUCUUCGACGUUGUUUACAUCCACAACGGGAUGGAUGAAAAGGAAGACGAGAGCAGCUGGAAGGACAUGUUCGGGUUUUUCGGCAGCCUGGACACCAAAGGCACCAACUACAAGUACGAGGUGGCCCUGGCGGGGCCGGCGCUGGAGCUGCACAACUGCAUGGCCAAGCUGCUGGCGCAUCCCCUGCAGCGGCCGUGCCAGAGCCACGCGCACUACGGGCUGCUGGACGGGGGGGACAGCCCCGAGGGGGAGGCCGCCAGCUGAGAGAGGGGACAGGCCGCCCCUCAGGGGACAGGCCGCCCUCUGAGGGGACAGCCCCGAGAGAGGGGACAGGCCCGAGGGCGAUGCCACCGCCUGAGGGGACAACCCUGUGAAAAACGCCAAUCUCUGGUUUUUAAAAUAUUAAAAGUUGAACAGGAAUGAAAUGGUUCUAAAGCCAGCAAUGUAAUUAGAGGAAUGCAGAUUUGGACAACUGGGAUUUAGGACUAUAGGAGAGAAUAAAAACAAACGGACAGUA